ACCUGGAGGAUGUUCUCAGACCUUCACUUUGUGACUCAAAAUGCACAAGUCGCUGUUUCUCUGUUUAUCAACUGUGGCUCUUUAUGCCUGUGUAAAUGCUGCUCUUCCUCCCCCAUGUGACAGUGAAAUAUACUGCACCGGGCCCAUCUUGCAUCAGGUGCAGACCGCCAAACUGUUUGAUGAUGAUAAAUACUUUGUUGACAUGAAACUGAGGGAAACUCCUGACGUUGUUUUGUCUGCUUUUCACAACCUUUCAAAUGAAUCGCCAAACAACACCGUCCCGCCUGCUAAACUGCAGGAGUUCCUCAGUAAUUACUUUGAGAAACCAGGGACAGAGUUUGAGUCAUGGACACCACCGGACUGGCAUACCAAACCAAAGUUUCUAGGAGGAAUAGCAGACCAACAACUACGUAACUGGGCUGCAAAAAUCCAUAAUCUGUGGAAGUCCCUCGGCAGAAAGAUCCGCACGGGUGUCAAAGAUCACCCCGAGCUCUACUCGCAGAUAUACACCCCGCACCCUGUUGUUGUGCCUGGGGGGCGUUUCAGGGAGCUCUACUACUGGGACUCCUACUGGGUCAUCAACGGCCUCCUGCUGUCAGAGAUGACAGACACGGCACACGGGAUGAUUCAAAACUUCCUCUACCUUGUCAACAGAUAUGGAUUUAUUCCAAAUGGUGGUCGGAUUUACUAUGAAAGGCGCAGCCAGCCUCCAUUCCUCACUCUAAUGGUGGAGAGCUACUAUCGAGCUACCAUGGAUAAAGAGUUUCUCAGAGCAGCUUUGCCCGCUCUGGAGCAGGAGUACCGCUUCUGGAUGCAGAACCGCUCUGUGGCUGUGACGCUGAACGGGGCUGAGCAUGUACUGAACCGGUAUCAUGUGCAGGUGGGCUCCCCCAGGCCUGAAUCGUACACGGAUGAUCUGGAAUUAGCUGAAGGACUUACUGAAGACCGCAAGGAGCAGCUGUGGAUGGAACUGAAAGCGGGUGCAGAGUCUGGUUGGGACUUCACAUCCCGCUGGUAUGUAGAUCGUGAUGGGCACAACAACGGCACCCUGGGGGACACCAGAACCAGCCAAAUCCUGCCAACUGACCUCAAUGCCCUGCUGUGCCUCACUGAGAAGACUCUUGCUUCAUUUCACAGGAUACUGGGGGAUGGUGACUCAGCCGCACAGUAUGACCAGGCAGCCGCCCGCAGACUGGAGGCCAUAGAGUCUUUGCUGUGGGAUGCUGAGAGAGGAGCCUGGUUUGACUUCAACCUGGUGACACACUCCAAACACUUUGAGUUUUACCCAUCCAACCUGGCACCUGUUUGGGCCCAGUGCUAUUCUGGGCCUGAGAUGGGAGAGAAGGCAGUACAGUAUCUAAAGAGCAGCGGUGCUCUCCAGUUCCCCAAUGGAGUUCCGACGUCCCUGAGAGAGUCUGGGCAGCAGUGGGACUAUCCCAACGCAUGGCCUCCUUUGCAACACAUGCUCAUCGAGGGUUUAUCCAAACUGCCUUCAGAGGAUGCUAAACAGCUAGCAUUUGAUUUAGCCCAGCGUUGGAUCAAGACAAACUGGCUUGCAUACAUGAAGUAUGAAGCCAUGUUUGAAAAGUAUGAUGUGAAUGGCGACGGCAAACCUGGUGGUGGAGGCGAAUAUGAAGUUCAGCUUGGUUUCGGUUGGACCAAUGGCGUGGCCCUGCAGCUCCUGGACCAGUACGGGGCCACUCUCACCUCAGCAGGCAGCCGAGUGUUGUCUGGCCUCCUGCUGCCGCUGGUCAUCUCAGCCACUGUCAUGCUCCAGUGAAUCAGAGGUGACAAAAAAAACAAAACCUGACUGGAGGUUGGAUUUUAUUACCCUCGACAAGGAGGUUAUGUUUUCCGUUUCGCUUUGCUUGUCAGCAGGAUUACAGAAAAUCUACUGGCCCUGAAUUCUAUAAAACCCAGUGUAAUGGUUUGGCAUGAUCAACCAAAGAUCAACCAUUACAAUUUGGAGCAGAUUGGCCUUUGCGAAGCUCUUUGCUCUCUGAAUUAUUUCUGA